CUCACAACUCAGAUGAGGCUCUGCAACAAGACUACUGGUCGAUUGGAGCAACUAUUGGAUACUUGGGGGGGUGACUGGUGAGGGGGAGAGUAUAUCCAUGCCGCAUCUCGUUUUAUCCCCUCCCUCUGUGUGUUUCCGUUAAAUUAUUAGCGAUAAAAGUAAAAGAAGAAGGACAGAGGGAUUGAUUGAGGCAGGCAGCCCAUCCUGUCUAGUGGCUACUCUACUCCCAUAAUCUUCCCACAAACUCAAAACACGCACUGCAAAGUGCAUACGCACGCAGACGGGGCUGGCUCUGGCUACUUAGAGCAGUAAUGGCGGUGACGCCACUGCUUCACCACAACAGCCCCCUCCUUAAUAAUUCAAAACCUUCACCGAAGCCCCCUCUCACGCAUUUCUUGUCAUCGUCUUACCACUCUUCUUCUUCUUCUUCUUCUUUUCUUCUUUCAUCAAUUAACUACUCCCCUCUUACUUCCUCGUCCUUUUCUUCUUCUUCAUGCCCUGCUGUAUCGCAACCUUCACCGCCAUGUCUCCGCGUUUCCACCGCCCCCGUUGAGUACGCCUCCGGUCCAGCUCCCGAAUUCGAUUUCCACCUGGAACUCGCCAGACUCAAAGCGCUUGGGUCCAACCUUUCUAACUCUACUUCCUUGCCAGACAAACUUCAAGUCCUUGACUCCGAUUCUAGGGUUAGGUUCUUCUUCAAUUCCGCUUCCGGUAAGAAUGAGUUGUUUAGGUUUUUUGAGAGCUUGAAAUUGGAUGACUAUCCAGUUUAUUUGCUUAAGUGCGCCGUUGCGGCCGGCCAAGAGCACUUGCUGCGUGGGGAUGAUUUUGACGAAAGCGGAGAUUUUGAUUCUCCCUCUUCUUCUUCGGCCAGCGCAUUGAAGAGAGCACUAUAUGCACUGGCGGAGAUGGUUGACAGUUGGGAUGUCACUGGUGAGAGCAACAAGGUGGGUUUGGCAAACAAAAUCUUGGGACACGGAGAGGAAGAUGUUAACGCGUUCAAGUUACUGCUGAAAACCCUCGGAGACGUUGAGCAGUUUUAUGAUUGCAUUGGAGGUAUCAUUGGAUAUCAAAUAAUGGUUCUGGAGCUUCUAGCCCACUCUACAUGUGAAGAAAAGGCAGUCAAUUGGUCCCAGCACAAUAAAAGUUCGUUGCAGUGCCAGUUUAUAGAAAUUCAUCCUCCUAAAGUACUUGAUCUCUCUCAAGAUACCGAAUAUGCAUCUCAAGCAGCUCUAUGGGGUAUCGAGGGUUUGCCAGAGUUGGGAGAAAUCUAUCCUUUUGGAGGCUCCGCUGAUCGGCUGGGAUUGGUGGACCCUGACACAGGUGAAUGUCUUCCUGCUGCUAUGCUUCCUUAUUGUGGAAGGACAUUACUGGAAGGUUUAAUAAGAGAUCUUCAGGCAAGAGAGUUCUUGUUCUUCAAGUUGUAUGGAAAACAAUGUAUUACUCCUGUAGCUAUUAUGACCAGUUCUGCAAAGAAAAAUCAUGAACGCAUUCUCUCACUAUGUGAAAGACUUGAAUGGUUUGGAAGAGGAAGAUCUAAUUUUCGACUUUUUGAGCAGCCUCUUGUUCCAGCUAUUAGAGCAGAAGAUGGGCAAUGGAUUGUUCGUGGACAAUUCAUGCCAGUAUGCAAGCCUGGUGGUCAUGGUGUGAUUUGGAAACUUGCCUAUGAUAAGGGUGUAUUUCAGUGGUUUGGCAAUUAUGGGCGUAAAGGUGCAACUGUUCGGCAAGUCAGUAAUGUUGUGGCUGCUACAGAUUUGACUCUCUUGGCUUUGACAGGAAUCGGUCUUCGACAAAGGAAGAAAUUAGGCUUUGCUUCGUGUAGAAGAAACACAGGGGCAACAGAAGGCAUAAAUGUCCUGAUCGAGAAAAGGACUCUUGAUGACAAUUGGGCAUAUGGUUUGUCAUGUAUUGAGUACACUGAAUUCGAUAAAUUUGGAUUUAUCAAUGGACCUCUUUCUUCUAAGAGUUUGGAGGCAGACUUUCCAGCCAACACAAAUAUCCUAUAUGUAGAUUUGCCUUCAGCAGAGCUUGUUGGAUCGAGUAAAAAUGAAACCAGCUUGCCAGGCAUGGUACUUAAUGUGAAGAAGCCAGUAAGAUAUGUUGACCAGUUUGGCAUGACGCACAGUGUUUCUGGUGGCCGUCUGGAAUGCACAAUGCAAAAUAUUGCAGAUAAUUUUUUAAACACUUACUCAUCUCGACAUUAUGAGGAUGUAGAAGAAGGCCUAGAUACCUUUAUUGUUUACAAUGAAAGAAGGAAGGUCACAUCAUCUGCUAAGAAGAAA